AUUGUUUGAGCUGUGAGUUUAGACAGAAAACGUUUAUUUACAUUCAAUUAUAAUUUUUAGACCAGAUAAAUAGAGAACUAACAUAAUUACAGUAAAUCAUUAAAAUAUGCACACAGAUUUAUCUCCUCAUUUGCAUUCUGAAAAUUGCAAUGAAUUAAUUAAACUCCUACGACAGUGCCAUAAUGAGAACAAUGAAGAAGAAAUGCAGAAAUAUGGGGCUCCCAAUGACUGCUCCCAUACAGCACAAGAGUAUGAUAUCCUUUUAGUACAUGACAAGAAAGCUUGUAGAAAAAUGGGGAUUAGAAGUAAAUUAAAAAAAAAACAAUAUAUUUGUAUAAGAGGACAACAAAUAAACCUUAUUUAA